AUGCCAUGCCCAAAAGAGAUUCGAAAACAUGCCAAAAGAUUGAAAGACCAUGAUGAAGACACCAAGUCAGAAGCUAAGCCGUCAGAGGAGUCUGAAGAACUGAUGGAUGAGGAGGCUCAGGAGGAAACUGCUGAGAAGAUGAAGAGACUUGGACUCUCCAAAUUGCAGGCCAUUGUGGAUUGGUUGUCGCCCAACUGCUUGACCACUUACCCAGAGGAUGCGCAAAAAUCACUUCAAACUUGCAAGGCACACCUCUGCAUUCUCAUAGCCACUCUGAACACCUUCGCCAAGGAUACGGCCACUCUGCAUGGACUCAUCAAUACUGCAGUGGAAUGCACAAAUAGAUCGAGUCUGCUGGAUGAGCUCCCUACUGUUACUCUCACUCCAGGUGUACUCAAAAUGCUGAUGGGAGAGCCUGCACACUUUCAAGGCACUGUGAAGACUAGUGCCAGAUCAGUCAUCAAGCAAUACUAUGCCUUUCAUGACAAGAAGUGGUGGAAGACUCCCACAGACAUCCAACAUCUCAACCCCUGUCAGGCCAUGGAGAGAAGUGGGAUCUUUGGCAACCCUGUCAUGGAUGAACUUAUCAAAUAUCACUGGUACCAAGAAACCUCCAAAGAAGCUGAUGGGCUAUCACUUCCUAGCUUCUUGGAGCCCUCUCCCCAGAAGUUCAUUGCAUUCAAUUUCACAGUGAUACUUUGUGUGCUUGAAGAGUGGGCCAGCGGCUCUCAGACAAUGCUACCCCUCUCAGCCAAAUCAUAUUGGACUGACUACCUCUGGCUCUGCCAGAGCAUUGACUUUUGGGACCAAAGAGCACAUAGUUGUAAUGAGGCUGGGUUCAAGGGGCUGAUCUCUCCCUUGAUGAAAAGAAUAUUAGACGCAGUUGCUAUUGGUCCGUCACAGGAUCCUAAGCUAAGAUCUUUGGGUUGGGUGCUAAAGUACAUGCCUCAUCCUCUGAAAGCACUGACUGCUUCCAGAGGGGCCGAUAAUUCAACAGAGGGCUGCAAUUAG